GAGAGAGAAGAGAGAGAGAGAGAGAGAGAGAGAGGAGAGAGAGAGAGAGAGAGAGAGAGAGAGAGAGAGAAAAUCAGUUCAUAAAGCAGAGCCUGCACCUCGGUACAAUCCAGACUAAACAAACUAUCCUUUUAAGAUAAAACAAGCAAUAAAAUCAAGAAAACGAACACUAUUCUAUGGAGAGACAUAAACUCCGGACUCCGACUAUCAAAUCUACGAAAACAAACGCAUAUCAUAUAAGACUCUUUGUUUAUGGAUAUCCACACCCUUCUACUACACGUUGAUUGCAAAUAAAUUGUAAAAAACAAACAAAAACAUAUCAAACCAUCUGUGUUGCAAGUCAAUGUUGAAUGUGCUAAUACAUCACAGUUCUAUGUGCAAUUUCUAUCGCAGUUGAUGUGACUGAGAAGUGACAUGCGAAAGAAUAACACGCACAUAUCAACUCAUUCUCUUCCGUUGGUUAGGAAUUAUCUGUAUGAAGUGCAGCAACGCUUUUCUCGUAGAUAUGUGUACGUUACCACCGCUAGAAAAAGAUAGCUUGUGGAGGUUAAUCAUACUAACUUUAAAAGCUUCAGGAGAUUAGUGAUAAACAAGUAAUUAAAAAUCAGUUGUGACGUUUUAGAGAAUCACGUUCGGCGAUUUUUGUGAUAUUCCGUAGCUAGAGAUCGAAGCUUUACUAUACGAUUUUUUUCCGAACUCGAACACAUGGAUUUGAAGAUCCAGUGAUUGCCUUCGAGACUUCAGUCGACGAGAGAUGAAGAAUCUUACAAGCUUGAAGUAAUUCUCGACUUCUUGCUGGAGUCUUCCUUGAAGAGAGAGACUAGUUUUUGAAAAGUUCCUCCUCGACUUAAACUUUAAGAGCUUCUAAACAAGCGGACUCGCGGAAAUACUCGCUUAAAAAAUGUGAUUCUGAGAGAGAAGAAAAGGGACAAGUCGUUUCACGUCACUCCCUUGAAGAAAACAACGUCAUAAGAAAAGACAGAUAAAAAGAAAGAAAAAAAGAAAGAAGACACUUUUUGUGCUAACCUUUUUGAAAAUAAUUGCAAACGAGAGAGAACAUCAAAACACCCUUUUCAGAAAACUAAGUAAACAUGAGACACGAGCCACGUUAAACUCACCAGUGCUCAGAGCUACAUUCAACAUCUCGAUUAAUUCUUGAACGCAAAUUUAUUCCUUGGAAGAACUUGAAGGAAAAAAGAAAAGAAAAGAAAAGAAAAGAAAGGAAAAAAAAGAAAAGACGCAGAAAGAAUUCACAAAGCGAAAAUGAAGACGAAAGAAAACUAAGAAAUACAAAGACAAAACACACAAACCAUCACGAAUUGAAUAUCAUAAGAGCACAACAAAUCCAGAAAAAAAACAAAAACAAAUAAGAAGACAAAAAAGAAAAAAAAACUAAAGAAAAAAAAUAAAAAAGGACUUCAACCUUCUUCAAGAAAACGACCAAGAAUGGCGAGCUCACAGGGUCUUGCUCUCCUCUUCCUCUGCCUGACGAGUUCUCUCAGCUGUUGUUCUGAAGAUGUUGACGUUAACCUGGGCUGGAACUGGGAGAUGUGGUGGACAUAUGACGGCAUAUCAGGGCCUGAAUUCUGGGGCGUGAUCAACCCUGCCUGGUCCAUGUGUUCGGAGGGCAGGAGACAGUCGCCCAUUAACUUGGACCCCCGCACCCUGCUCCACGACCCCAACCUGACCCCAAUAACGGUUGAUAAGACGCAGGUGCAGGGAGAGCUGGUCAACACGGGUCACAGUCUCGAGUGGAGGGUCAGGCGUCCGAGGGCGACCUCCUCCUCCUCGGUGAAGAUCUCAGGAGGACCUCUCUCCUACAUCUACUCCGUCAGCCACCUCAGACUGCACUUCGGAGAGAGGGACUUGCAGGGAUCGGAACAUACGCUGGCCAACUAUGCUUUUCCUGCUGAGUUACAGAUCUACGGCUACAACUCUCAGCUGUAUCGUAACUUCAGCCAAGCACAGAGCCAGGUGUACGGGGUGGUGGCCAUUGCUGUACUUGUGCAGCUAGGAGACAGAACAUCGCCCGCACUUGCAGCGAUGUUGCAAGGUCUGCCAUCCGUCAGAUAUGGUGGACUGACAGCGCCUCCCCACGAGCUCUACGUCAAGGAGCUGCUGCCAUCUACCGAGCAAUACUUGACCUACGAUGGCUCCCUCACCGUGCCUGGCUGCCAUGAAACGGUCACGUGGAUCUUGCCCAACAAGCCUCUCUACAUCGCUUUUAGCCAGAUGCGCAGCCUCAGGAAGCUAAAACAAGGCUCGUCAGAUUUCCGCCGGAAUGCGCCCGUUGCCAACAAUUUUCGGCCGCUUCAGUCUGCUCAUCACAGGACCGUCCGUACUAAUAUCGAGUUCUCCGGCCAAUACCAGGGCCGGGGAUGUUCUAAAUCGGAACCGAUGUUCAGAUAUCAAGCCAACGGGAUGCUUCACUCCUGACAAUAAUUAUACUUGAGUUUAAAGUUUAUAGACAUUUCUAUAACAUGGUACAGAAAACUCCUUUGUUUAACAUGUGGGAUAUUUUGUGCAGCAUUGUAAAAUGUUCCUGUCAAUAAAAC